AUGGCAGGCAUUGCAUUGGCAGAAGCAGACAAGUAUGAUGUCUUGGAGAAGAUUGGAGCCGGUUCAUUCGGAAUCAUUCGAAAGGUCAAACGAAAAACGGAUGGCUUUGUGCUUUGUCGAAAAGAGAUAAACUACAUCAAGAUGUCGCAAAAAGAAAGGGAGCAGCUGACAGCCGAGUUCAAUAUUCUCAGCUCCCUUCGCCAUCCUAACAUCGUCGCCUACUACCACCGAGAGCACCUCAAAGCCUCGCAGGAUCUGUACCUAUACAUGGAGUACUGCGGGGGCGGAGACCUCGGGAUGGUAAUCAAGAACCUGAAGAACAGCAACAAAUAUGCCGAAGAAGAGUUUGUGUGGCGAGUCCUGUCUCAGCUGGCGACUGCUCUGUAUCGCUGUCACUAUGGAGCCGACGCACCAGCUGUUGGCGCCAAUGUGCUAAACCCGUCACCUCCUAAGCAGGGACUCAAGGGCAAGCAAGCCCAAGUGAUGAUUCUGCACCGUGACCUCAAGCCAGAAAACAUCUUCCUUGGUAGUGACAAUAGCGUGAAGCUCGGUGAUUUUGGCUUGUCAAAGCUUAUGCAGUCUCAUGACUUCGCGUCUACAUAUGUCGGCACACCCUUCUAUAUGUCACCGGAAAUCUGCGCUGCCGAGAAGUAUACGCUGCACUCAGACAUAUGGGCCCUAGGGUGUAUCAUGUACGAGCUGUGUCAAAAGUCGCCUCCUUUUAACGCCAAGACACACAUUCAGCUUGUCCAGCGCAUUCGAGAGGGCAAGUUUGCGCCUCUCCCAGAGUUCUACUCGUCGGAAUUGAAGAGUGUGAUUGCAAGCUGCCUGCGUGUUAAUCCUGAUCAAAGACCGGACACCACUGCCCUCUUGAACCUUCCCAUUGUCCGUCUUAUGCGCAAGGAGAGAGACGUCAUCGACCUAAACAACAAAGUCAAGCGUAGAGAGGAUGCGGCCAUGCAGAAACUGAAGGACCUAGAGGCCAAGAUUGCCAGUCAUGAAAAGGACAAGGUUCUUACCAGAGACGAAAUCGAAGCCACCGUUCGCCGUGAAUGGGAAGUCAAGGCUCGACUAGAAAUUGAGCGACAAGUACAAAUGAGAUACGAUGAGCUGGCUAAACAAUUCGACUCGGAAGUUCGCGCCCGCGUGACAUCUGAGCUAGAGAAACAGGAGAAACACGAGAAGCAGGAGAGGCAAGAAAAACUAGAUAAACAAGAAAGACACUUGAAACCCAAAGUGCAGGAGAGCCAACAGUCUCACCAGUCCUCUUCGUCCUCAGAAGGUUACAGCGAGGAAUCCGACUUUCCGUCGACGACUGAUAUCAGUGACUUCUCCUUUGAAUCGCCGCGAUCAAGCCGCAAUAAACCAGUCCGAAAAGAAACAAGAACGCCAUUUUGCCGAGCAAAGACAACAGUUGAAUCACCUGUUGAUGUCCAAAUGGGCGAGCCUUCUCCUAUUACCAUUGCCUCUCUUUCUCUUUCGCCACGACGGACUGCCCCUGUGUCAAAGAAUCUGUUUUCUGAGCCACAACAAAAGGCCAAAUGGGAACCGACCAUUAUCACAUCGGAUGACGAAGAAGACGUUCCGGACCUUCCAUCACCAACUCGCCCCAGAGUCAAACCAGAUCCGUUGAAGCCCACCCGCCGCCCAUUGCUCCGGCAUCAAACGGCGGGCAUGGUGCAGAAGAUGAGCCACCAGCCUUCCAUCUUUCCUAGUGGCACAUCCAGACUUCCACCACCAGCAGCAGCAGUCAGUACGCUUUCCACUCAGUCCGAAACACGCCAGGUUCCGGAACUGAGGUCAAAAUCCCCUAACCGAAGAUUGUCAAAGAUUCCUUCCACGUCCAAUCUGAUCGGCGAAGCAGGCUCGCCUACGCGCAAAGGGGCUUCCAGGCCACUUAACUCGAAAAACGCUUCUGGCGGGGAAGACAUGUACAAAGCUGUCAUGCAGCGUAACUUGGGCGGGCGUACCCUUGUCGAACUGGCGCAGGCGAGAGCUGGUGGGCGCGCUGUCGAUGACCCCAAGCGGAUAUCAAGCGACUCCCGCGUUUACGCCUCUGGCUUGUCGUUUGAAAAGUCGACCGAUUCGCCAGCUACAUGGGAUCCGGCGACUGAAGAAAUGCCUAGUCCUUUCCUUUCACGAAAGGUGGGACGUAGCAUUCGUUAA